UCACCGUUGUCUGUUCAGUAUUCACUGUUUACUGUUUGGUAGUGUUUACCGCGGCGCGCGCGUAAUAUUCGUACGUUGGUGAUGCACACCUCGCAGUAGUGGUUUUUCUUUUUCCCUUCGUCUACAAUAUUGUAAUAUCGUAUUGACUAUUGUUGUUGUUGUUUACACGACAGUCUACAAGUCACGGGUGUUUACUGUUUAAUACACAAUUCGGCAUUCGUCCGUCACCGUGCACGUACCGGUGGACUUUUUUCGUUUCGUCAGUUUCAAUUUUUACCCCUCCCCCGACGUUCAUCGUUUGUUUUUUCCCCCAACGACUCGUCGACUGUCCGCUGUUUGCCGACAAAACCGCGUCGAUCGUUGUCUCAAAUAAAAAAAAAACUGUUUCUUUGCUUCUCCCUUUGUUCGCGCCAGUACGAAACACGCGCAAUCCGAACCACCCGUCACACCCCACGCAAACGGUAGACGUAGUAUUUCAGCCAACGCAUUCCACGUCGAUAAAAUGUCCAAGCCUCUGUGUGCGAUACUCUUGGUGGCCAUCGGGUCACUGUGUCUGUUGGCCGCAGACGCCAAUGUCGUAGACGCCGGAAACGGAGAUCAUCAUUCGUUGGAACUGGACGAAAACAACUGGACGAACGUGCUAACCGACGAGUGGAUGGUGUUGUUCUACGCUCCUUGGUGCCCUGCUUGUAAGUCACUUGAACCAGAAUGGAGAGAAUUUGCAAAAUGGAGUGAAAGCCAUUCAUCCGUUUCAGUUGCAAGCACAGAUAUUACAAUAUCACCAGGACUUACUGGACGUUUUAUUGUUACAACAUUACCUACCAUUUUUCAUGUUAAGAAUGGUGUAUUCAGAUAUUAUAAAAUGGGCCGUGAUAAGGAUUCAAUGGUAUCGUUUAUAAAAGAACGGAAAUGGGAACAAAUAGAAUCAAUUUCAUCGUGGAAAUCCCCUAAUUCAAUUCAAAUGUCUCUAGUUGCUCAAUUUUUUAAACUCUCACAAAAAGUUAGGAUUUUACAUUCAACUCUGAUGGCUGAGUAUGGACUUCCAACUUGGGGAUCAUACUUGAUAUUUGCAAUAGCAACCAUAUUUAUUGGUGCCAUACUUGGUUUAGUAUUGGUCUGCAUUAUUGAUUUAGUUUAUCCUCCGAGCCACCAUAAAAUGCCAGUUAAAGAUGGAAAAGACGAAAACAGCGAUAGUGGUCAAGAAUCGGACGAUGAUGAUGAACUUGUUAAAGACGAAUUAUUGGAUGAUCAAGCUAGCGAUGAACCAACUGAAAAUGAACCUUUAUUGAGAAAUAGGCGCAAAAUACGUAAAACUGACUGAUAACUUUUUUUAAGAUAGGCAUAACUAUUUCUUCAAUGUAAUUCCAAUUAAUAUAAUUUAUACCAAUUAAUGUAUUAUAGUUCUUUUUAAUAUAAAGCAUUAUAUUUGUAUAAUUAUUAAUUUAUUUUAGGUUCAGAUUUAAUUAAGUUAAUUAAUAUUGAAUACUUUAACAUAAGCAGUCAAUUAUUUUUUUUUAAUUUAUUGCUUUUUUAAGAAAAUUUAGGCUUAAAGCAUUAGCUGUAUUGCUUGCUUGUUCCUAAAUCUUUGUAAGUAGUCAUUUUUAUAAGCAACUUUUUUUUAAAUGUUUCAUUCAUGUAUAUAAGUAUAAAUAAAUAGCCAAACCUUAUA